AUGCUGAGAGGAAAUAAUAGAGUUUAUUUAUUUGAGAAAGGGGGAAGGAUUUUCGAAAGUGCUGAAAACAAUAUUUUAAACUGAACUCAAAUAGGGACUAAUAGCAUUUCAAUAUAUCUUAAUCAAUCAAGCGUUGCUCGCUAUAAAGGCUGCCUUUACUUCGUUGUUUAUACAAAUCAGCUUUGGAAAUUUGAUCUUGCUUCUAAGAAAGUUUCUCAAGUAGCAACUCUCUAA